UUUCGGUCUGUCCGACUUCUCGCCUGAAUGAAACACCGGAGCGACGCCACCUCCAGCGAAGCAGACUGUUGGUGGCGAUAAAAAAAUAAUAAUAAAAAAACCCGACUGCAACCUUCUUCUGCAGCGCGUCUUCUUUUCUCCAAACAUUUUCAGACAGGCCGCGCGCAGCGCUCCGUCUGCUGGACCUUGACGCGCCAGCAUGGACCCACGAAAAGUGACAGAGCUGAAGGGCUUCGUGCAGAUGUGCGAGUCCAAUCCGGGGAUCCUGCACCUUCCGGAGAUGGGAUUCUUCCGCAGCUGGCUGCAGAGUAUGGGCGCUAAUAUCCCUCCUCCGGCUAAGAAACAGGAUUCAUGCCAGGGUGGCUGUCCGUGUGGGCCGUCCCCCUCGGCGGCGCCGCCUCCUGAGCCUGAGCUUCCUGUGGAUUCUGAGAGCGAGGAGAGUGAAAUAGAAAUCGACAAUGAAGGAGUGAUAGAGCCGGACACAGACGAUCUGCAGGAGAUGGGAGAGUUUGACAACAUCGAGGUCACAGAGGAGAUGAUGGACCAAGCCAACGAGAAGAAGAUCGAAGCGAUCAACGCCCUCGGAGAAGGCGACCUUCAGAAAGCGUUGGAUCUGUUCACAGAAGCCAUCAAGCUGAACCCUCGAGUAGCCAUCCUUUACGCCAAGCGGGCGAGCGUGUUCAUCAAAAUGCAGAAGCCCAACGCAGCCAUCAGAGACUGCAACAGAGCCAUCAGCAUCAACCCAGACUCUGCACAGCCGUACAAGUGGAGGGGCAAAGCUCACAGGCUGCUUGGUCACUGGGAGGACGCAGCCAAAGACCUGGCCACAGCCUGUAAGCUGGACUACGACGAGGAUGCCAGCACGCUGCUAAAGGAAGUGCAGCCAAAGGCUAAUAAAAUCAUGGAGCACAGACGCAAAUAUGAGCGGAAGAGGGAAGAGAAGGAGAUCAAAGAGAAACAAGAGCGCAUAAAGAAAGCCCGAGAGGAGCACGCGCGCGCACAGAGGGACGAGGAAGCGCGGCAGUUUGGAGGAGGAUACUUCCCAGGAGCUGCUGGCUUCCCGGGCGCCACGCCCCCUGGUGGUAUGCCCGGUCUGGGUGAGCUCUUCAAGGAUCCUGAGCUGCUCAACGCCAUGAAGGACCCCGAGGUCAUGGCCGCAUUCCAGGAUGUGGCGCAGAACCCGGCCAACAUCUCCAAGUAUCAAAACAACCCCAAAAUCAUGGCCCUGGUCACCAAGCUGAGUGCCAAGUUCGGAGCCUCCCCACAACCGUAG